CAUCCUGUCUGGCCGGAUGCUGCUGUUCCCAUGGUAACAGCGCGCUCAGCCUGCAUCAAUCAACCCGGAAACAUCGAGCGGCUAAAAACACAGGAGGAGCCGGAGGCUAACAGGUGUCAGCCAUGUUGGGGCUGCAGCUCCCCCUGCUGGUGACGGUGCAGAUCAACAUGGAGCUGCUGCUGCUCACCCUGCUGGCCUUCUGGACCCGCCUGAGCCAGCUGAGCUACCCCAACGCUGUGGUGUUCGAUGAGGUCUACUACGGCCAGUUUGUGUCUCUCUACAUGAAGAGAGUUUUCUUCAUCGAUGAGAGCGGACCGCCCCUCGGUCACAUGAUCCUGGCCGUUGGAGCCUACCUCGGAGGAUUUGAUGGGAACUUCCUGUGGAACAGAAUAGGAGCAGAGUAUCCCAGUGGAGUGUGUGUGUGGAGUCUGCGGCUGCUGCCCGCUGUGUGUGGCUCUCUGUGUGUUCCUCUGGUUUACCUGCUGAUCCUGGAGCUGCGGCUGACACACUGCACUGCGCUGGGGGCCGCCCUGCUGCUGCUGCUGGAGAACUCGCUGAUCGUCCAGUCCCGUUUCAUGUUGCUGGAGUCGGUCUUGAUCUUCUUCCAGCUGCUGUCCUUCCUCUGCUACCUGCGCUUCCACAACGCUCCCCACAGCUCCUGGUCCAGAUACUGCUGGCUCCUCCUGUCUGGAGCCUCCUGCGCUGCAGCUGUGGGGGUGAAGUACAUGGGUGUGUUCUCCUACCUGCUGCUGCUGGGCGUGGCCUGUCUGCACACCUGGCAGCUGAUUGGAGACCGAGCUGUCAGUCACGUCAGUGUGUGUGUGCAGUGUGUGUGUCGCUGUGUGUGUCUGCUGCUGGUUCCUCUGCUGCUCUAUGUGUUUUGGUUCUACGUCCAUCUGAGCGUGCUCUACCGCAGCGGACCACAUGACCAGCUGAUGAGCUCCGCCUUCCAGGCCAGCCUGGAGGGCGGUCUGUCCAGGAUAACUCAGGGUCAGCCCCUGGAAGUGGCCUUCGGCAGUCAGGUGACCUUAAGAAGCUCCGCCUCCCAGCCCGUCCCCUGCUGGCUCCACUCCCACAAAGCCAACUACCCAAUCAGGUAUGAUAAUGGCAGAGGCAGCUCUCACCAGCAGCAGGUCACCUGUUAUCCCUUUAAAGACGUCAACAACUGGUGGAUCAUCAAAGACCCUGGCAGACAGGAGCUGGUGGUCAGCACUCCUCCUCAUCCUGUCCGUCAUGGUGACAUCAUCCAGCUCGUCCAUGGCAUGACGUCCCGCUUCCUCAACAGCCAUGAUGUAGCAGCUCCCAUGAGCCCCCAUGCUCAGGAAGUGUCCGGUUACAUCGACUUCAAUGUUUCCAUGCCAGCACAGAACCUGUGGAGAGUGGAAAUCUUCAACCGGGAGGCGGAGUCUGAGGUGUGGAAGACGAUCCUCUCUGAAGUGCGAUUGGUCCACGUCAACACCUCGGCUGUCCUCAAGCUGAGUGGUGUGUCUCUUCCAGACUGGGGUUUCCGUCAGCUGGAGGUUGUAGCUGAUAAACUGAAUAAAGGCCAUCAGAGCAGCCUGAGCUGGACUGUGGAGGAGCACCGAUACGGAACCAUGUGUGUGUGUGCAGGUCAGGAGCAGAAGGAAAGGGAGGCGGAGCUUCACUCCCCGACUCACAUCGACGUUGACAGCAACAUCUCGUUCUGGGCCAAGUUCCUGGAGCUCCAGUGGAAGAUGCUGACAGUGAAACAGGAAGAGUCUGAACACAAGUACAGCUCCUCCCCCCUGGAGUGGAUCACCAUGGAAACCAACAUCGCCUACUGGCUCCACCCCUCCACCAAUGCUCAGAUCCACCUGAUUGGGAACCCGGUGUCGUGGGGCGUGGCCAACCUCAGCCUGUCAGCCUAUCAGCUGCUGGCACUGGUCUACCUGCUGAGGAGGAGGAGGGGCAUCAAAGACCUCCCUGAUGACGCCUGGUCUCAGUUCGUGGCGGUCGGCUGGCUGUGUGUCGGCGGCUGGGCCGUCAACUUCCUGCCGUUCUUCCUGAUGGAGAAAACUCUCUUCCUGUAUCACUACCUGCCUGCACUCUGCUUCCUGUUCCUGUUGACCCCCGCCCUGCUGGAGCACACACACUCACACCUGCUCAGCUGUCUCGCCCACCGCAGGGCUCUGUGUGUGUGUGCGCUGGCAGCGGCGGCGUCCGUCUUCCUGUCCUACCGAACCUUCUGCCCUCUGACCUACGGACGCCCCGAGCUGUCGGCCAAUCAGCUGCAAGACCUCAGGUGGCGGGAAUCCUGGGACAUCCUGUACCGACGACGAUGACACACACACACACACACACACACAGAGGUGGUGUGUGUGUGUGUGUGUGAGGCUGACUGAAGCUCCGCCCACCAGAUGAAUCAGCUGUUUUACAGUUAAACAUGUUUUUUUUUCAUGUUGUUUCAAUAAAGACGUGAAGUUUU